CCGUACUUCGGCACCCGUGCCCGUGACUAUGGCUAUCGACAUGUUGCCCGCUGCCGUAUUUUUACUAGCGCUGCAUUUCGUAGCGGCUGAAAUUCCAUCUUACAUAAAGAUAUGUCAACGUAACGACCCCAACGUGGACAAAUGCAUCAUGAACUCAGUGGACGAGUUGCGCCCGAAAAUAUCCAAGGGCAUUCCCGAGCUGGACGUGCCGGGCAUAGAGCCGCUGAGCCUGGGACAGAUCGCGCUGGCGCGCGGCCCGCAGGGCGCCAAGCUCACCGCCGUCGUCAACGACGUCAAGGUGCAGGGGCCCAGCAACUUCAUCAUACAAACACUCAAGUCUGAUUUAAACAAAAACCGGUUCGACUUCAAGCUGCUGCUGCCGCGACUGGACUUCCACGGGAAGUACAAGAUGGACAUCCAGGUGCUGCUGCUGCGGCUGCAGGGCCGUGGCAACAUCACGGGCACGUUUAAAGACUACGCGUGCAACGUGACGAUGCGCGGGCACAAGGAGACGCGGGGCGCCGACGAGUAUCUCAAGUUCGACCCUUUCAAGGUGAAGUUGCGCGUCGGCGACUCCUCCAUCUACCUCACCAACCUGUUCGACGGCGACCCCGUGCUGGGGCCCGCCACCAACCGCGUCAUCAAUGACAACUCGCAGCUAUUCCUCGAGGAGAUCCGACCCGUGCUCGAGCGCUCCCUCGCGGAUCUCUUCACCGAGAUGGCCAACAAGAUCACUUCCAAAUUUACAUACAAGGAGCUGUUCCCAUAGUGGCGCCGCGGUGCCCACUCUCUAACCGGAGGGCUUCCUUCUAGCUAAGUAGCAAUAUGAAAUAUGUGAUGUAUAUUUAAUUAUUUUUAACGUAUUUACAUAAAUAAGUAUAGUGACUCGGGAUUAAAGUAACGAAAGUUAGUUUAGUAUAAAAUUAAUGAAUAAAAUGUAUACAGGUCCUUUACAUUCAUCUAUGGGGACUACGAGCCAAUUGCACCAUCCACUAUUGACAGACUGAUUAACAUCAACCAGCAGUAAAGUUUGAAACAUCCCCAUACAAUAAAAUUUAGCGAAAGUUUAAACGGCGACAGACGCUUUGGUGCAACCGAACCUAAGUUCGGUCUAAAAUUCUAAAUAUAUGUAGUCUAGUAUGCUAUAGAUAGACUUCCAUCCACUUGCCUCCGUGUAUCCAUUACUUUGCACUGAUUACGAAGUUCACGUUGAAGCUUAAUAAUAUUUACCUAAGCUUACCUACCUUAUUCAUUCUAUUUAUUGAGGUAGUUUUUUUGGUGAUUUGUAGGUUAAUUGUUUAAGCAUAUAGUAGAAGCAAAUCAUGAUUCUAUUAUUUUUAUAUAAUUUUUGUAGAAACCUUUAAUUACAGUCGAAUUCAUAAAUAUGUAUACACUUUUCCCCUUAUUGCAAUAGGGAAUAUUAUAACGCGAAACUGCGUAGUUGGCGCCACUACCACAAUCUGAGGGUCUAUCGCGAAACAAGAAAAUCGAAAUUUCGCUAUCUAACAUCUCUGUCACUCUUGCAUAUUCGAGCGAUAAAGAGGCAGAUAGCGAAAUUUCGGAUUCGCGUUUCCCGGUAGAUCCUCUGACUCCUCUGUAAACAAACCGCCUUGAUGGAUCAAUGUCAUAUUUUAUUAUCUCUGAAAACUUGUGAAAAACCUGUUAAAGGUACAGUAUUGUAUAAGUUACUCUAUGGUUUACUAAAAAGGCUAGUGCUGCACUCUGGUGGCAGAACAUUGCAGUAAUAUCCUCUAUUGAUUACGGUUAAGAAAUGUGU